AGCCGUAGAACACCUGCAAAUGCCCUCUCGUAUAAAUGCAUGCCUUCCAUGGACUCAGGAAUUCAUAGUCAGACCCACCGCAGAAAGAAAAGACCAGAAACGUUUCGACACACGACCAACCCAUCUUCAACAGCUCUCUCUCUCUUUCCCAUCAUCUGCAUUGAAUAUCGCCGUUUCUCUGAAGUCCUGCACCUGAUGAACCCCAGUGCCGCAACCAAAAUGUCCGGGCUGUUGCUCGGGCAGCUCGGCCAGAGGGUGCUCUCGACGUCGGCCUGCCGGGGUCUGGUGGCCGAGGCGUCGGCUAAUUUGAGGCAUGCCGGUCAGGUCGGCGGGGUCCGAUACAAGAGCAGCCUGGCCACUGAUGCCGCACAGGAGGAGAAGGGUGAGAACACCAAGGCCAUUUCUAGCUACUGGGGGGUCGCUCCGCCUACGAUCGCCAAAGAGGACGGUUCGGCCUGGAAAUGGAAUUGCUUCAGGCCAUGGGAGGCUUACACGGCAGAUGUUUCUAUUGAUGUGGAGAAGCACCACAAACCAAACAAUCUGAUGGACAAGUUUGCUUACUGGACAGUUCAAACUCUCAAAGUCCCCGUUGGGCUCUUCUUUCAGAGGCGGCACAUGUGCCACGCGAUGCUGCUGGAGACGGUGGCGGCUGUGCCAGGCAUGGUCGGCGGGAUGCUCCUGCACUGCAAGUCCCUCCGGCGGUUCGAGCACAGCGGCGGGUGGAUCAAGGCACUCCUGGAGGAGGCGGAGAACGAGCGGAUGCACCUCAUGACCUUCUGCGAGAUCGCGCAGCCAGCAUGGUACGAGCGCGCGAUCGUGUUCACCGUCCAAGGCAUCUUCUUCAACGCCUACUUCUUGGCCUAUGUCGUCUCUCCGAAGCUGGCGCACAGGAUUGUUGGGUACCUGGAGGAAGAGGCAGUGAUCUCUUACACCGAGUUCCUCAAGGACUUGGACAACGGCAGUUUCGAGAAUAGGCCGGCACCGGCAAUCGCCAUCGAUUACUGGAGGUUGCCCCUGGACUCGACGCUGAGGGAUGUGAUCGUGGUGAUCAGAGCCGACGAGGCUCAUCACCGGGACCUUAACCACUAUGCAUCGGACAUACAAUGCCAAGGACAUGAGCUGAAGGAGGCCCCUGCUCCAAUCGGAUAUCAUUGAUUCUUAUAUUAUAUAUUUAUAUGAGAAAUUCCAUUAAUUUAGUGUGGACUCUUAUCUAUAACGAUUUGUUAUUAUGUAAUCUCUAAAUGUAAAAAAAAAAACAUUUAAUCUUACGUAUCAAAUGGAAGCACGUAUGUAUUAAAGCCUUUUAAGCA